AUGGCCGGCCCAGUGAAGAAGCCCGUCAACAUCUUCAAGCUCAAAGAUGUCGACGAGCCACAAGGCGUGUUCAAUUGGCGACUAUGGUUCGCCGUCUUCGCCUUUGGUCUGAUGGGUGCCGCUCGUGGUAUUGACGAGGGUCUCAUCUCAGGCGCCUUCAAGUCCAAGGACUUUAAGAAAUACAUCCACUUCAGCCAAUAUUCAGAGGUCGAGCAGGCCAACAUCAAGGCCAAUGUCUCUGCCAUGGUCCAGAUCGGGUGUGUCGGAGGUGCCCUCAUUGCCUUUAUGAUUUGCGAUAAGAUCGGUCGUAUUUGGGCUACUCGCCAGCUCUGCACAGUUUGGAUUGUCGGAAUCAUCAUCUUCAUGGCCAACGGCGGCAGUCUCGGUGCCAUCUACGCAGGUCGCUUCAUCGCUGGUCUAGGAGUUGGUCAAACAGCAGUCGUUGGACCCGUCUACCUCGCCGAAAUCGCCCCUUCAGCUGUUCGCGGUCUCUGCACUUGUGUCUUCUCCGGCUUCGUCUAUCUCGGUAUCGUUCUGGCCUACUUUGCCAACUACGGCUGCUCUCUGCACAUGGGUGAAACCCACGCCCGCUGGCUCGUCCCUACCAGCCUUCAUCUCAUGUUUGCUGGUUUGAUCUUCGUUCUCAGCUUCUUCGUCGACGAGUCUCCCCGUUUCCUUGUCAAGAAGGGUCAACUCGAAAAGGCCACUGCUGCCAUGGCUCGCCUGCGACAACAACCUAUCGACUCCGAUUACAUCGUCCGCGAAAUGACCGCCAUCCAGGCUUCUCACGAGCACGAGAUGGAGAGCGUCAACACCUCUUUCCUCGGCACCUGCAAGGAGCUCUUCUUCAACAGCAGCAACCUGUACCGUCUUUACCUCGCCAGCAUGGUCCAGGUUCUGGCUCAGUGGUCUGGCGCUGGAUCCAUUACUUUGUACGCUCCCGAUCUGUUCGAACUCCUCGGUAUCCACGGCUCUGAGACUGGUCUUCUUGUCACUGCCCUCUUCGGUAUUGUCAAGCUUAUCUCCGCCAUCAGCUGUGCCCUCUUCCUGGUUGAUGUUAUCGGUCGCAAGCGCGCUCUUAUGGCCGGUAUUGCCCUCCAGGCUUUUGCUAUGAUCUACGUUGGCGCUUUCCUCACAGCUGUACCCGACCCUACCAGUUCUUCCCCUGCCGCCCGUGGAGCUAUGGCUAUGAUCUACAUCUCCGGUAUUGGUUGGGCUCUUGGUUGGAACACCAUGUCCUACAUCCUGACAGCCGAGCUGUUCCCUCUCCGCAUCCGUGCUCUUGCUACCUCAUUCGCCAUGACCCUACAUUUCCUGUGCCAAUACGGUAGCAGCCGUGCCACACCUAACAUGCUUCUGCCCACAUCCAAGGGAGGCAUCAACCCCAACGGAACCUUCUGGACCUACGCUGCUAUCCUUGUCGUUGGUGGUCUUUGGGUUAUCAUUUCCGUCCCUGAAACCGCUGGUCGAUCUCUUGAGAGCAUGGACAGACUUUUCGAUCUUCCCUGGUACAAGAUCGGCUUGUUCGGUAACAAGGAUGCCGAGGAGCAGGAUGCUGUUUACAACGAGAAGGAGGAGGUGGCCAUGGCUACACAUGGAGAUGUUUCCUACAUUGAGAACAAGCCCAACAAGGAGAUUGCUUGA